UGGGAGAUGAUAAUGUGUUUUAUCCUCAGACUGUACAAUAGUUCCAGAGAGACAUUAACCCUACACUAUCAGACACGGAGCAUGGUGUAAUAUAAUAUUAUGCAGAGAGAUACUGGAAGCAGUUCCUAUGUGUAACCUGUUCUCUCACGUCUCAGGUCAGUCCUCCAGACAAAGUUACACAAGUGUAAGAGAAAAGCAGAUUUCUCCAGUGCAGAAUGGAGGGAACAUCUCCUGCAUGUCCCAGGAUUGCUCCCCACCCCCUGCUCACCAGCACUCUGUGUAAAUGACACCAGCCUCAUUAAUUAAUUAUCCCCCAGGGAAGCAUCCUGCUGUAUGGCUGUGACAGUAGGAGCAGGGAGCUGCAGGAGGACACACAGGCUCAGGGGCAGUGGGCUGGGGCUAGGGGGCAAUCAGUCAGCUGGCCUGUCAUCCAGGUGACCGGGAGAGAGAGGAAGAGGCAGAGCACAGUGCAUGGAAGAUGGCGUGGGAUCAGCAUCACAGGGUCUUCUCCACACAUCUGCAGAUCCUCCUGUAUUUCAUGUCUGUAUCUAUGAGACCUGCUCACUGUCAGAUGGUGCAGGCACCAACAGACCCUCCGAAAAAAAAGCCGGACCCAGUGACAUCAGAGACCGUGGUAUUCUGGGGUCUGCGCCUCUGGCAGGUCAUAGGAGUAUUUUCCAUCUUUGUUUUGGGAGUUAUCAUCACACUGUGCUGCAUAUUCAAAUGCCGGAUCCCAAGGACCAAGAAAGAGAUUGAGGCUCGCUACGCACAGCGCCAAGCUGGGAAGGAGUACGCCGAUAAGCUGGAGAGCGUUCCGCCGCUAAACGAGCUGACAGAAAUCCCUGGAGCUCCAAAGACGGAACCGAAGAAAAAAGAAGUACCUACAGUCUCCGGGAAAGUGGACGCAGACAAUGCCAAGAAAGAAAAUACAAAAGGAGGCAAGAAAAAGGAGGGGGACAAAGGAAAAGAAGACGGAAAAGCUGAAGGAAAAGAUGGCAAAAGUAAAGGGGAUGUAAAGGAGUCCAAAGAUGGAACCAAAAAGAAGGACGGAGAGAAAGGAGCUCCUAAUAAACAGGGGACAGAUAAGAAGGGUGGCAAAGAAACAGGGACACAAAAAUCAGCCAGCGGGGCAAAACCUGGGGGGAAAGGAGGUGGUGAUGGAAAAUCUGGUGGUAAAGGAGGCAGCGACGCAAAAUCUGGGGGGAAAGGGGAUGGAAAGCCUACAAAGAAACCUACAGCAAAAUGAAAGGUGUUCUACUCACUUGUCCAGGGGACUUCAAUGGGCACAGCCAAUGGGACUUCACAGAAAUUGCUGAUGGGAUUCUCAUCUAUUUAUAUUACACUAUAAAUUAACUUUAUGUCAUUUCGCCAAAGACUGUGAUAAUUCUGUGAUACAGUUUAUAGAUAGUGAGUAUGGCGGGGAAAGCAAGGCCAAGGAAGUCUCUGCAUGGGUGGAACCUUCAGUAGACAAUAGAUGGAUGGCCUCAGGAGAUAAGACAGGAAUAAAACUACAAUUCAGACGCACAGAGAUUGUCCAUCUUUUGAGUGAGUUAUGGGAUUGGGAUUGUUGCAGGCAUGUGGCUGCGUACACAGACGCAUAAUCGCUCACAUUGGAGGCCAUGCUCUCCAGGGUUGGUAAAUCUGGGCCUUAUUAGGACCGCUCCUGUGUUACUCUGGCAUCUAUGACUGUAGGAAUGAGCCAUGAAGCUAAGAAGCUGUACGUAUUGUUUCAGCCUAGUUUAAGAAGCUUGUCAGGAAUAUUCUGUGCUCUUCUAAUACACGAGUGGUGUGACAGCCUGCAGGCACAGCCGUGAGGAAUACGCGUACAGUAUCUCUGACAUCACCAAACAUUAAGUAUAUGAUCUUUCCCUGCGGGGACCAGACAGCGAUGAAGAUGUUAUACCUCACACUUGUACAUAAACUGACUUUGAACAAUAUUUACUGUACAUCUGAUUUAUUCAGUGCUGCGUUUCUCCCUCAGACUCACCUUGUUUAAGCAUUAUACUGUAAACCAUGCUCAGAGUAAUACAGACGU